UCACGUGGCUGCGGGCGACACCUGCCGGUGAUUCCUCGGAACGGCAGUGCGUGAUGACGUCAGAGGGUGUGACGCAGAUGUCAGUCUCCCAGGCAGCAGAUGAGACCGUUUGGUGAAGAUGGCGGACUCGGUGUCGUCAGGUCUGGGAGAGGAGCAGGAGAAGGAGAAAGAGGACAGGGAGCGGGAUAGGAAGGCUGCCAAAACAGAGACGAGCAAGGAGAAGGACGGAGUGACGGAGACGUUGGGGUUUAACGAUAAAAACGGCGGCAGUAAGGCUAAGAAACGCAACCUGUCAGAUCUGUCUCUGGUCAGAUUUAUAACAACUGAGCUCACCAGAGGCUACUUCCUAGAACACAAUGAGGCUAAAUACACAGAGCGCAGAGAGAGGGUCUACACCUGCCUCCGCAUCCCCAAGGAGCUCGAGAAGUUGAUGACAUUCGGCUUCUUCCUCUGUCUGGAUGCCUUUCUCUAUGUGUUCACCCUGCUGCCCCUCAGGGUGAUUCUGGCCCUUUUACGGCUCAUCACGUUGCCUUGCUGUGGUCUCAGUGGCUCCCGCCUGCUCCAGCCAGCCCAGGUGUGUGAUGUGCUGAAAGGCUUCAUUAUGGUGCUGUGCUACUCUAUGAUGAGCUACGUGGAUUAUUCCAUGAUGUACCACCUUAUCAGGGGACAGUCUGUCAUCAAACUGUACAUCAUAUACAACAUGUUGGAGGUGGCGGACCGCCUGUUCUCAUCAUUUGGCCAGGACAUCCUGGACGCUCUGUACUGGACAGCCACAGAACCCAAGGAGAAGAAGAGAGCGCACAUAGGCGUGAUUCCUCACUUCCUCAUGGCUGUGCUCUACGUCUUUCUCCACGCCAUCCUCAUCAUGGUUCAGGCCACCACUCUCAACGUAGCCUUCAACUCCCACAACAAGUCCCUGCUCACCAUCAUGAUGUCAAACAACUUUGUGGAGAUCAAAGGAAGUGUGUUCAAGAAGUUUGAAAAGAAUAACCUUUUCCAGAUGUCUAACAGCGACAUAAAAGAGAGGUUCACCAACUACAUCCUCCUGCUCAUCGUCUGUCUGAGAAACAUGGAGCAGUUCUCAUGGAACCCUGACCACUUGUGGGUGCUGUUUCCUGACGUAGUCAUGGUGAUUGCCUCAGAGGUUGCCGUGGAUGUUGUGAAGCACGCCUUCAUCACCAAAUUCAAUGACAUCAGCGCUGAUGUAUAUGGGGAAUACAGAGCCAGCCUUGCCUUUGACCUCGUCAGCAGUCGACAGAAAAAUGCUUACACAGACUACAGUGACUCAGUAUCCAGGAGAAUGGGCUUCAUCCCUCUUCCUUUAGCUCUGCUGUUGAUCAGAGUGGUGACCAGCUCAGUGAAGAUCCAGGGUUCACUCUCCUUUAUGUGUGUGCUGCUGUUUUACCUGGGGAUGAUCACACUGAAGGUGCUCAACAGCAUCGUUCUGCUGGGGACGUCUUGUGUGUUUGUCAAAGAGGCCAACAUGGAAGAAAAGCUCUCCGACCCUCCACCCUCUGUCGUCUCCAGCCGUGCAAACUCCAGAGCUCACCGUGUCAAACAUGUUCACAUUUCACCGCAGCAAGAACCCACAACUGACAAAGGAGGCAUAUCACAGGCAGCAGACAAUUGUCCGCCCCCCACCGCGGCAGAGACUUCCGCCCCAACGCUCCCCAAGAGCGACUCGGACAUAUUCCUUACCACGCCAGAUGAGGAGGACGAGGACAAAAUCAUCAACGCCAACACGGGACUGGAAGGGGACAGACUUGAACACAGAACGCCCAAGAAAGAUUUACUGGAAAUAGACCGCUUCACCAUCUGUGGCAACCGAAUAGACUGAAGCCAAAGAACCAACCAGUCAGCGUGUCCUGGUGAAACAGCGAGGUUCAGGGAUCAGACACGGGUCACGGAGCAUGCUCAGACCAGACAUAUUUUUGUGCACCUGACCCCCUGGAGUAUUUAUUUAUUUAUUACUGACAAAACCAGCCAAGGCAUAAAGCUGUUACAACAAGCAUCAGAAGCCGCUUCAGAUGUUUCCAUCUGGUCCAGUCGGUGCCUCUUGAACCAGGUAGACUCUGAGCACGGGUCUUGGCUGUCAUGGCAACCCGUAGACAUGCUUGCUGAUGACGACGAGGGGGUGGGGGGCAGAUCUGGCAUGCACAGCUGGAGCAGAGCAUGAAGAGAGCAACAAAAUCUGUGUAUGUGAAUAAGUACAACGUGGGUGGCUGUGUGAUCGUAGGAACAUGACAGCUGGACUGUGCGAGUACGUGUUCAGAAGCACAAUCAUAUGUACAGUGCAGAGUUGUUUUUAGAACGAACAAAACUUGUCAGUUUUUUAACUUUUUUUUUUAUUGUAAAAGCCUAAAAAAUUUCAAAUAUUUGAAAUGAAGUUUUUACGAAGAAAUCUCAGAUCUUUUUCUAAAAUCGACCUGCAGGACUAAGACUCACAAUCUCAUUACUGCAUUAUUGAAAUCUCAAAUUUGCUCAGCAGACACACACAGACAAACCAACACACAUUUGUAGGGAUCUUGUUUAAAGUGGGUUACUCUAAUGGGGACCCCAGAUGUCUACAUCUGUCAGACACAGCAGCAGUGACACUACAUACAGUCUAACAAUGGCUUUAUCUUUACAUAAUUAUGUAGACACAGAACAAAGUUUGGAGGUUUUAGUAUUAUGCAGUUUGUGUUGAUGUUGUUACUUUGAAGCACUGAGAUAAGAUGCUGCCUGUUUGUAAGACACAAGUAUUUAUUUUGACGUGGACUCCAAGACAGACAAGUUUGGAAGAUAUUUUAGGUGAUUUUUUUUUUUUUUUUAAGGGUUUUUUUUCCCCAAAUAUGCUUCAUGUGUACAUAAAGCAUGUAGCCCACAGAUAAUCACCUCUUGGUGUAACACCACUGUGUUCUUGGUCUCAUUUUAAAAUUAUGGUGUGUGACUCUGGCAUACCAGCAUCAAUUCAUCUCAACAGGUAUGAAGCAUAAUUCACAUUACAUGUAUGCAGGUAAAAUGUUCAAGGCUGAGACACAGAAACAAGAUGGAGGAUCAUCUCAACACUGUGUGAGCCCAGAAAUUUUAAUUCGCCAGAGAGCUGUACAAUGGGUACAGUCAGGUUUGAACCCUACAGGUUGCUGGCGUUGUUUGGUGUGGUUGGCGCUCUUUCCAAAUGCUCCUGUACCCAAUAGUCUUUAGAUGCUGUGAACGCUGGAAGCACUGUUUGAGAAAUUAAGUGGAUCAUGUAACGCAGGGUCCAAUGUGCCAGGAGUUGCAUGUCCUGGGCAAAAGCUAAGUCCAAACUUGCCCCAAGUUUUGCCUCUCAUGCCAGUACCCCAAUUUUGUCAGAUAUAAGCCACAGCGCUCACAGAAAAGUUUGUUUUUCCAGAAAAGAAAUACCUAAUGACCUUUGAAAGAGGGUCUUUUGAACAAUACCCUCCGCUGUUUUGAAGAUAUUCUCAGAAUCAUUACAGACUCCUCUAAAUCUAAAUGAAAAAUAUUUAUUUGCCGCAGAAUAAUUAAGAUUUUAACUGGUUUCCCAAGUUGGAACUUCGUUUUCUUAACCCAAACAAAGUUGCUGGCCAAAAGUAACAUAUCUCCUCACUCAAUUUGUACUUAAUUAACCACAAUUCGUUUUUGGAUACACAGUAUUAAAAUGGAAAACAGACUAAAUAGGUGUUGCAAAACAUAAAUUGUAAAUGACAGGUGUGGAGGAUGAAGAACUCUAGACUGGGAAUGAAACAAGGAAAUCCCACACACUGUCUAUCACUUGCACAAACGAUCCUUCGAUCCUCAUGUUUUAGUCAAAGGACCAUCUGGGUUUUUCCAAAGAUUGCAAGGUAUUUAUUGUUUAGAAGAAAAAAAAAGAUUAAAUUUUAUAUUGAUUAAAUGUAUACAUGAGAGGCAAAAACACAGGUUAAGUCCAACCUUACUAUAGGAAGACAGUCAAUACAGUGAAGUAAGUAACUGCAGUCCUGUGGACAAAGAAUUGAGAGUGUGGUUGCAUCAUGAUAGAGCCAUGUGUGUAUGUGUGAGAGAGAUCAUUUGCAGUGCAUGGAUGGACCUCACAACCUAAAGACAUACUAUAUGUAUGAAUCAGAUAUUUCAUUGUUUUUAUUUUUCAUGUACAACUCAUCUGUGUAACGCAGCUCCUACAUGGUAGAAGGAGAAUAAAACAAGAUUUUGUUUUGUAACCCUUUCUGGUGUGUUGUGACGGUCUAACACAGCCUGUCUAUGAAUAUGUGUGUGUGUGUGUGUGUGUGUAAGCAGGCACGGGAACAGUGGCGGGUGUUUCACUGAAAGGAGUCACUGCCGGCUCUGUUCGCAGGGCAAACACUGCGGCCCACUGUUCCCCCUGAAUGGGCAUUUGGAGGGGGUGUCUGUCAUCACAGUCAUUCACACACACGGGGAUUUUUUUCAGGGUCCAGCUCUGAUAAAUAAUCUGCUGCUGGAUUACAUGACUUGAUUACGUACUUCACAUUUACGUUUAAGCAGUAUUGCGUCAUGUGUUGUGGAAAGUGGCUGUGAAGAGGUGGCGGAGGAUGGAAGAGAGCACUGAUAUAUCCAAAACUUCAACGUCUUAACCAGGAUAUAAUGUUACUUUUUAAUUCAACUUUGGGUUUUCCCUUCUUUGAACUCAAAUCUUGUGUGUUUGCCAAAAUUUCACCGGUCUUGACCGUCUGUUUGAUGAAUGACAGAGCUGAAGGUCAGCUGCUCAGUAACCACAGGAUAGAGUCAAUGACCUGCCUCACAUCCAUACAUACAUGCAGAGGCCCACUAAGAUUAUGUAAUUUGAUUUUCUUAAAGGCCGCCACAUAAUGCCAUCUGACCUCUACUGCUCAGGCAGAAAGCUGUAAACAUUACAGACACACUGCAACUCUUGUCUCAACAUUCCUGACAGUGACAGUAUAAACGAAAAAGUAUGCAAUCGACAAUACUAUGUUGAAAUAAUAUAUUUAAAUGAAAUGGAUUAUUGAGAGCAGGUGUAUUAUGACGUUCAGUGAGUUAAUCUGAUGACCUAUAUUGACUGUUGAUAACCUUUACACUCAUGUGAAAGUAUUGUGUUACAAGUAAAAGUCAUGCAUUUAAAUUUUGUAAUGAG